CGGCGCAGCUUCCACCGACGAUGAUAUUCCAGGCACUUGCGGCUCGUCUGCAGCGGUAGGAGCGAAAGGAGGCGAGAAACGAGAGAGGAGCUCACCUCCUCAAGCUGCGAGUGAGGCAGGGACGAAAAGAAAAAAAAGAGAGAGAGAGAGAGGAGAAAGAGAAGAAGGCUGUGGAGUAACAACCAAAGAAAGACAAGAAAGAGAGAGAGCGAGAGACAGACAGACAGAGAGAAGACGGCAGCGGCUCGGAGGAGGAGUGUUUAAUUGUCUGCGCUAAAGUGUUUUUUACGCACAGAUUCGACAUGUCAUCGUCCGGCAAAGACAACAGCGGUGCCCAACACGCCAAUUACGUGGGACCUUACCGUUUGGAGAAGACGCUGGGGAAGGGACAGACAGGCUUGGUCAAGCUCGGAAUCCACUGUGUAACAUGCCAGAAAGUCGCCAUAAAGAUUGUUAACCGGGAGAAACUCAGCGAGUCAGUACUAAUGAAGGUCGAGCGAGAAAUAGCUAUUCUGAAGCUCAUAGAACACCCACACGUUUUAAAGCUACACGACGUCUACGAAAAUAAAAAGUACUUGUACCUUGUGCUAGAACAUGUGUCUGGCGGGGAGCUGUUUGACUACUUGGUGAAGAAAGGCAGGUUAACGCCGAAAGAGGCCAGGAAAUUCUUCAGACAGAUCAUGUCUGCGCUGGAUUUCUGCCACAGUCAUUCCAUAUGCCACAGGGAUCUGAAGCCAGAGAACCUGUUGCUAGAUGAAAAGAACAACAUCAGGAUAGCAGACUUUGGCAUGGCCUCCCUUCAGGUCGGAGACAGUCUGCUGGAAACCAGCUGUGGAUCUCCACACUACGCCUGCCCAGAGGUCAUCAGGGGAGAGAAGUAUGACGGGAGGAAAGCAGACGUCUGGAGCUGUGGGGUCAUUCUAUUUGCCCUGUUGGUGGGUGCCCUGCCGUUUGAUGAUGACAACCUGAGGAAUCUUCUGGAGAAGGUGAAGUUGGGAGUGUUUCACAUGCCACACUUCAUUCCGCCAGACUGUCAGAACCUGCUCCGCGGCAUGAUUGAAGUGGAUGCUACCAAAAGACUAACGUUAGAACAGAUCCAGAAGCACACAUGGUACAUAGGGGGGAAGAACGAACCAGAGCCAGAGCAGCCCGUGCCCAGGAAGGUGACGAUCCGCAGCCUGCCCUCCGCAGACGAUAUCGACCCCGACGUCCUGGACAGCAUGCACUCCCUGGGCUGCUUCAGGGACAAAAACAAACUACUGAAAGACCUGCUGUCAGACGAAGACAACCAAGAAAAGAUGAUCUACUUCCUGUUAUUGGACCGUAAGGAGAGAUAUCCAAGCCAGGAGGAUCAGAACCUCCCCCCUCGUAAUGAGAUCGAUCCUCCACGGAAGCGAGUCGACUCCCCCAUGUUGAACCGUCACGGGAAGAGGAGACCGGAGAGGAAGUCCAUGGAGGUCCUCAGUGUCACAGACGGAGGCUCGCCUGUGCCGGCCAGGAGGGCCAUCGACAUGACACAGCACGGACAACGGUCGCGGUCUAUUAGCGGCGCCUCCUCCGGCCUCUCCACCAGCCCCCUCAGCAGCCCACGGGUAAGUUACCCCCACCCCUCCUCGAGGCAGCCCCUCCCCACCCCAAAGGGCACCCCGGUGCACACUCCCAAGGACAGCCCAGCCGGGACCCCCAACCCGACGCCGCCCCCCAGCCCUUCCAUCGGAGGCAUGCCGUGGAGGACGCGCCUCAACUCCAUCAAGAACAGCUUCCUGGGCUCACCACGCUUCCACCGCAGGAAACUCCAAGUUCCCACACAAGAGGAGAUGUCCAGCCUCACACCAGAGUCUUCCCCAGAACUUGCCAAAAAAUCCUGGUUUGGUAACUUCAUCAACCUGGAAAAAGAGGAGCAGAUCUUCAUCGUGAUCAAGGACAAGCCUCUCAGCUCCAUCAAGGCAGACAUCGUUCAGGCCUUUCUCUCGAUCCCCAGCCUAAGCCACAGCGUGAUCUCUCAGACCAGCUUUCGAGCGGAGUACAAGUCCACGGCCGGCCCCACAGUCUUCCAGAAGCCGGUCAAGUUUCAGGUGGACAUCACCUACACGGAGAGCACGGCCGCCACCAAGGAGAACGGCAUCUACUCCGUCACCUUCACCCUGCUCUCAGGACCCAGCCGGCGCUUCAAGCGAGUAGUGGAGACGAUUCAGAGCCAGUUGUUAAGCACACAUGACCAGCCUGGGGUCCAGCAGCUGUCUGACGAGAAGAACGGACAGGGGCCCUACGGCUCCGGCACGCCCUCCAAGCGCUGCCCCUCGCCCAUGCACGCCCGGAGGCACGAGCACGAGCAUAAUGACACCAAGUGCCCGGCGGCGGGCCGAGACAGGUCCAAGUUGUCGAUGGCGUCUCUGGGGACACAAGAGGAGUCUUAAACUGCGACACUGUGUAGUCGGGCCAGUGCUAAAAACCCAUCCCAGUAUAAGCCUGUGACAAAGAGAGGAUAUCUGUAUAUAGCUAGAUGUAUAUAAUCAUUUAUGGACCUUUUUUGUAUAAAAUAACUUUAUAUAGACAGAAAUAUAUUAAGAGAAAGUGAUAUUUUACAAGCAGCAUUCUGCACCUACACCUCAAACACACUCCUUCCAUUCACUUUUUCAUUACGCCUCAGUGUCCACCUCCACGACCACCACCACCACCACCACCACCACCAUCCUCAUCCACCUCCCCUCCACCCCAACAAUCUAACCGCCUGUGGCCCUCGCUCUGUGUGUUUUGCUCCCUUGCUGCUAACCUGUGUGAUGACCUGACUUGUUUCUGACACCAGGAAUUAUCCAGAAAACCUAUUAAGUCCCUGCUCCUCCUGCUCCUCCUACUCCUCCUGCUCCGUCCGCCCUCCCUCGACCACCUCUCCAACUCCCGACCCCACCCCGAGCGCGCCGCGAGAGACGGAGGACUGCUUUUAGAGGUACGCUCAGAAGUGGGGGGCGGGUGUUACCAUGGAGACAGUCCCUUCAUGCAGACUUCUACCUUCAUCCUCCUCCGUGCCCCUCGUCUACACCUCUGCCAGACGUCAUUAGAAGUAGCUGAAAAUACCUUUAGUGUUCCCCCUCCCCUCCCCAUCUUGGAAACACAGUAACACACACACAAUGACACACACAUGCAGCACAACUCAUCGCACAAACACCCUGAUGAAUCAUGAACUCACACACGCUCGCCCUCGCCGACCCAGAUGCCGCCUUUCCUCUUUACGAGCUCAAGGAGCAUUGAGUGAUUUGGAAAACAAGCAUUUUACAUACACACAUAAAAACAAAACAUUCACACGCACAGAAAACUCUGGGAUGUAUCAACAAGAACAUGAAGAACAACAACAAUAACAAAAAGAA